AUGGGUCGCACACGGUCAUCAGCCGCCUCUGCAGCAGCUGCCAACAACGCAGCAGCAACAACAUCGCCACUGGAUGGAUGUGUGGUCGUUCUAGGCGGCUCCUUCCCUGCCCAUACUCAGGCUGAGCUGUCUGGCGAAAUCCGCUCGCUCGGUGCGACGGUAGCUACCACAGUCACCAAAAAGACCACGCACGUCAUUGUCACGCAGGCCAACUACAAAUCGAACGCCAAGGUCGGUCAGGCGCUUGCCCAGGAGGAUUGCCUCGUCGUCAGUCUUGAGUGGGUGGACGAAUCAAAGCGCCUCAACAGCAAGGCACCAGAGGAUCAAUUCGCGCUCAAAGACGAGGAUGACUCUGAUGCGGACGUUGCCCCUGCCACAAAGGCAGCUUCACCUACGCCCCCGACCGCCAACCCAGCACCAGCACCAGCCGCAUCCAAUGGCACCGCCAAAGGCUCACGGAACGGCGGGGCCACGCGCAAACGGCCUAUCGUCGCUGUCAAAAGUGACAGCGACGACGAGGACAAGAAAAAGGCUCCGCUGAAGAAACAGAAGGCCACCAAUGCCAAGCCAGCGGACAAGAAGCCCGACGUCGUCGAUCAAGUUGCCAAAUCGGCGGACAUGGUCGUUCCGCUGGAUGAAGGAGUCAGUGAUGUCUACAAAGUCUUUAUCGACCCCAGCGGUAUGAUCUACGAUGCCUCGCUGAACCAGUCCAACUCGAGCAACAACAACAACAAGUUCUACCGAAUCCAGCUCCUUCAGGACGGCUCGUCUUUCAAGACGUGGACCCGAUGGGGCCGCGUUGGUGAGUUUGGUCAGAGCGCUCUUCUCGGUUCCGGAGGGUUCGACGAUGCCCUUCGCAACUUUGAGAAGAAGUUCAAGGACAAGAGCGGCCUACGCUGGGCGGAUCGUGCCGAGAACCCCAAGCCUGGCAAGUAUGCCUUUGUCGAGCGCAGCUAUGCUCCCGACUCUGAUGACGAGGAUGACGCCGAAGACGACACUGAGACUGCCGCUCCAACAUCGGCUCAAGAGGAGGAUACCGAGGAGCAAGUCAAGAUCGAGUCGAAACUGGAGCCCGCCGUUCAGGACCUGAUGGCAUUGAUCUUUAACAAGGCUCACUUUGCCGCUACCAUGACAGAGCUCAACUACGACGCCAACAAACUGCCCCUCGGCAAGCUCAGCAAGACGACCAUCUCUCGAGGAUUUCAGUUCCUCAAGGACAUGGCUGAACUCAUGGACGACAGCACGCUAGCGCAAUCCAAGUGGAACAUGACGGCCCAUGCCGCUACGGAAUACCUCUCCAACACAUUUUACUCUAUCAUUCCACACGACUUUGGCCGCAAUCGCCCACCGGUCAUCGCCACGACCGCUCAACUCAAACGGGAAAUUGACCUUCUCGAGAGUCUGUCGGACAUGAAGGCUGCUGCCGACAUUAUGAAGAUGGACCGCAAAAAGACCAGCGGGUCUGAUAUUCACCCCCUUGACAAGCAGUUCCAGGCUCUUGGCCUUGACGAGAUGACGGCGCUCGCGCCCAAGAGUUCGGAAUUCGAGCAGCUCUCAAACUAUUUGAUCGAGACGCGGGGUGACACGCACUACAUCAAGUAUAAAAAGGUCGAGCAGAUAUUCCGCAUUGAGAGGCAGGGCGAGCUGGAUCGUUUCAACGAUCUCGACCUUUCCAAGACUGGUUCUGACAGGCGCCUGUUGUGGCACGGUUCCCGGACGACGAACUUUGGCGGUAUUCUUAGCCAGGGUCUACGCAUCGCACCUCCCGAAGCGCCCGUAACGGGGUACAUGUUCGGCAAGGGAAUCUACCUCGCGGACAUGUCGUCCAAGUCGGCCAACUACUGCUGUCACCACCAGUCGGACAACACGGCCCUCCUGCUACUCUGCGAGGCCGAGCUCGGUGAUCCGAUGCAGAAGCUGACUGGCUCGAGCUAUAAUGCUGGCGACGACGCCAAGAAGCAGGGUCUUCUGUCUACUUGGGGUCAGGGAACCACUGGCCCGCUCAAGUGGAAGGAUGCCGGCGAGGUUCACCCGUCUCUGCAGGGAAUAAAGAUGCCCGAUCUGAGCAUGAAGCCCGGUAAAACUAACGUCGACAACGCUUACCUUCUCUACAACGAGUUCAUCACAUACGACGUCUCGCAGGUCCGUCUUCGGUAUCUGCUCCGCGUCAAGAUUGGCUGA